GGGAUCCAGCUGUGGUGUGCGCCGGGCUCCUCGCCGCCGCUUUCGCUCGCUCGCUCCGCGUCUCGGCCGGAGGAGGAGGCAGUGGCGCCGGCGACAGCUACGGCAGCGGCAGCCACCGCGGCGGCUGCGGCGGCGGCGGCCUCUCCGCCUCCACCCCCGCCCGGGACGGCCCCCCACCGUCUCCCCGCCCCUCCCGGACCGUGAGCCCGCCGCGGGGCGGAGGCAGGAGCCGCCCCCCGCCCCCUCCAAACCCACCCCCAAGGAGAGCCCUCUUCCCCUCCCCCCGCGGCCGCUGGCGCGGAGCCGGGGCGAUGCUGACCCCUUAGAUCCUGCUCCAGCUGCUCUGCGGGAAGAGGGGGCGCCCCUCCCCGGACCCCCUCUGCCCCCCAUCGGGUACCCCGUUUCUCUCCCUGGCUCUCGGGGCUUCUUCGCGGAAGGUAUCGCGGAACCGGGCCGCCGGAGCCUGGGCGCGAAGCGAAGAAGCCGGAACAAAGUGAGGGGGAGCCUGCCGGCUGGCCCAGGGGGCCUGGAGGGGCUUCUCUGCGACCCAGAGCCCCGCGGGCAGUAUGCCCCUGCGGGCAGGGGGAGCUGGGCUGAACUGGCCUUCCCGGGGGCUCAGCUCGUGCCCUAGAGCCCCCCACAUGCGCCCCCGCCGGGGCCCUCCGGUUGCGUGAGGGCACCUCCUCCGAGGGGCGCCGCUCGCCCCUCUCCGGGCCGCCCGGGGCCCCGGCUGGCCGGAGGAUGGACGAGGAGGAGGAUGGAGCGGGCGCCGAGGAGUCGGGACAGUCCCGGAGCUUCUUGCGGCUCAACGACCUGUCGGGGGCCGGGGGCCGGCCGGGGCCGGGGUCGGCGGAAAAGGACCCGGGCAGCGUGGACUCCGAGGCGGAGGGACUGCCGUACCCGGCGCUGGCCCCGGUGGUUUUCUUCUACUUGAACCAGGACAGCCGCCCGCGGAGCUGGUGUCUCCGCACGGUCUGUAACCCCUGGUUCGAGCGAAUAAGCAUGUUGGUCAUCCUACUCAACUGUGUGACCCUCGGCAUGUUCCGGCCGUGCGAGGACAUCGCCUGUGACUCCCAGCGCUGCCGGAUCCUGCAGGCUUUUGAUGACUUCAUCUUUGCCUUCUUCGCGGUGGAGAUGGUGGUGAAGAUGGUGGCUUUGGGCAUCUUCGGGAAAAAGUGUUACCUGGGAGACACUUGGAAUCGGCUUGACUUCUUCAUCGUCAUCGCGGGGAUGCUGGAGUACUCGCUGGACCUGCAGAACGUCAGCUUCUCGGCUGUCAGGACAGUCCGCGUGCUGCGACCGCUCAGGGCCAUUAACCGGGUGCCCAGCAUGCGCAUCCUGGUCACCCUGCUGCUGGACACGCUGCCCAUGCUGGGCAACGUCCUGCUGCUCUGCUUCUUCGUCUUCUUCAUCUUCGGCAUCGUGGGCGUCCAGCUGUGGGCGGGGCUGCUUCGGAACCGAUGCUUCCUGCCUGAGAAUUUCAGCCUCCCUCUAAGCGUGGACCUGGAGCGCUAUUAUCAGACGGAGAACGAGGACGAGAGCCCCUUCAUCUGCUCGCAGCCGCGCGAAAAUGGCAUGCGCUCCUGCCGGAGCGUGCCCACCCUCCGCGGGGACGGCGGCGGCGGCCCGCCCUGCGGCCUGGACUACGAGGCCUACAACAGUUCCAGCAACACCACCUGCGUCAACUGGAACCAGUACUACACCAACUGCUCCGCGGGCGAGCACAACCCCUUCAAGGGCGCCAUCAACUUCGACAACAUCGGCUACGCCUGGAUUGCCAUCUUCCAGGUCAUCACACUGGAGGGCUGGGUGGACAUCAUGUACUUCGUCAUGGAUGCCCACUCCUUCUACAACUUCAUCUACUUCAUCCUCCUCAUCAUCGUGGGCUCCUUCUUCAUGAUCAACCUGUGCCUGGUGGUGAUUGCCACGCAGUUCUCAGAGACCAAGCAGCGGGAAAGCCAGCUGAUGCGGGAGCAACGGGUGCGGUUCCUGUCCAACGCCAGCACCCUGGCCAGCUUCUCCGAGCCGGGCAGCUGCUACGAGGAGCUGCUCAAGUACCUGGUGUACAUCCUCCGGAAAGCAGCCCGCAGGCUGGCGCAGGUGUCUCGGGCAGUGGGCGUGCGGGCGGGGCUGCUGAGCAGUCCAGCUCCACUUGGGAGCCAAGAGCCCCAGGCCAGCAGCAGCUGCUCUCGCUCCCACCGCCGCCUGUCUGUCCACCACCUGGUGCACCACCACCACCACCAUCACCAUCACUACCACCUGGGCAAUGGGACACUCAGGGCCCCCCGGGCCAGUCCAGAGAUCCAGGACAGGGAUGCCAACGGGUCCCGCCGGCUCAUGCUGCCAGCACCCUCGACGCCCACCCUCUCUGGGGGUCCUGCGCCAGGGGGUGCAGAGUCUGUGCACAGCUUCUACCAUGCUGACUGCCACUUGGAACCAGUCCGCUGCCAGGCGCCCCCUCCCAGGUCCCCCUCGGAGGCAUCGGGCAGGACUGUGGGCAGUGGGAAGGUGUACCCCACCGUGCACACCAGCCCCCCGCCAGAGAUGCUGAAGGAAAAGGCGCUAGUAGAGGUGGCCCCCAGCUCUGGGCCCCCCACCCUCACCAGCCUCAACAUCCCUCCUGGGCCCUACAGCUCCAUGCACAAGCUGCUGGAGACACAGAGUACAGGCACCUGCCAAAGCUCUUGCAAGAUCUCCAGCCCUUGCCUGAAGGCAGACCGGGGAGCCUGUGGCCCCGACAGCUGCCCCUACUGUGCCCGGGCAGGCUCAGGGGAGGUGGAGCUCGCCGACCGUGAGAUGCCCGACUCGGACAGUGAGGCCGUUUAUGAGUUCACGCAGGACGUCCAGCAGAGUGACCUCCGUGACCCCCACGGCCGGCGGCGACGGAGCCAGGGCUGCGACGCAGAGCCCAGCCCCGUGCUGGCUUUCUGGAGGCUGAUCUGUGACACCUUCCGGAAGAUCGUGGACAGCAAGUACUUCGGCCGGGGAAUCAUGAUCGCCAUCCUGGUCAAUACGCUCAGCAUGGGCAUCGAAUACCACGAGCAGCCCGAAGAGCUGACCAACGCCCUGGAAAUCAGCAACAUCGUCUUCACCAGCCUCUUCGCCCUGGAGAUGCUGCUAAAGCUGCUCGUGUACGGUCCCUUCGGCUACAUUAAGAAUCCCUACAACAUCUUCGAUGGCGUCAUCGUUGUCAUCAGCGUGUGGGAGAUCGUGGGCCAGCAGGGGGGCGGCCUGUCGGUGCUGCGCACCUUCCGCCUGAUGCGCGUGCUGAAGCUGGUGCGCUUCCUGCCGGCGCUGCAGCGGCAGCUCGUGGUGCUCAUGAAGACCAUGGACAACGUGGCCACCUUCUGCAUGCUGCUCAUGCUCUUCAUCUUCAUCUUCAGCAUCUUGGGCAUGCACCUGUUCGGCUGCAAGUUUGCAUCGGAGCGGGACGGGGACACGCUGCCAGACCGGAAGAAUUUUGACUCCUUGCUCUGGGCCAUCGUCACAGUCUUUCAGAUCCUGACCCAGGAGGACUGGAACAAAGUCCUCUACAAUGGCAUGGCCUCCACGUCAUCCUGGGCUGCGCUGUAUUUCAUUGCGCUCAUGACCUUCGGCAACUACGUGCUCUUUAACCUGCUUGUCGCCAUUCUGGUGGAGGGCUUCCAGGCGGAGGAAAUCAGCAAACGGGAAGAUACGAGUGGACAGUUAAGCUGUAUUCAGCUGCCUGUCAACUCCCAGGGGGGAGAUGCCACCAAGUCUGAGUCGGAGCCUGAUUUCUUCUCACCCAGCCUGGAUGGUGAUGGGGACAGGAAGAAGCACUUGGCCUUGGUGUCCCUGGGGGAGCACCCAGAGCUGCGGAAGAGUCUGCUGCCCCCUCUCAUCAUCCACACAGCUGCCACGCCCAUGUCGCUGCCCAAGAGCAACAGCACGGGCCUGGGCGAGGCGCUGGGGCCCAGCUCCCGCCGCACCAGCAGUAGCGGGUCUGCCGAGCCCGGGGUGGCCCACGAGAUGAAGUCACCGCCGAGUGCCCGCAGCUCCCCGCACAGCCCCUGGAGCGCCGCCAGCAGCUGGACCAGCCGGCGCUCCAGCCGCAACAGCUUGGGCCGAGCCCCCAGCCUCAAGCGCAGGAGCCCGAGUGGGGAGAGGCGGUCGCUGCUGUCGGGCGAGGGCCGGGAGAGCCAGGACGAGGAGAGCUCGGAAGAGGAGCGGGCCAGCCCCGCGGGCAGUGACCGUCGCCACAGGGGCUCCCUGGAGCGGGAGGCCAAGAGCUCCUUCGACCUGCCAGACACACUGCAGGUGCCCGGGCUGCACCGCACAGCCAGUGGCCGCAGCUCUGCCUCUGAGCACCAGGACUGCAAUGGCAAGUCGGCUUCGGGGCGCCUGGCCCGGGCCCUGCGGCCCGAUGACCCCCCACUGGAUGGGGAUGACGGCGAUGACGAGGGCAACCUGAGCAAAGGUGAGCGGAUCCGAGCCUGGGUCCGGGCCCGGCUCCCUGCCUGCUGCCGUGAGCGAGAUGCUUGGUCUGCCUACAUCUUCCCUCCUCAGUCGAGAUUCCGCCUCCUGUGUCACCGGAUCAUCACCCACAAGAUGUUCGACCACGUGGUCCUUGUCAUCAUCUUCCUCAACUGCAUCACCAUUGCCAUGGAGCGCCCCAAAAUCGACCCUCACAGCGCUGAACGCAUCUUCCUGACCCUCUCCAACUACAUUUUCACCGCCGUCUUUCUGGCUGAAAUGACAGUGAAGGUGGUGGCGCUGGGCUGGUGCUUCGGGGAGCAGGCCUACCUGCGCAGCAGCUGGAACGUGCUGGACGGGCUGCUCGUGCUCAUCUCGGUCAUCGACAUCCUGGUGUCAAUGGUCUCGGACAGCGGCACCAAGAUCCUGGGCAUGCUCAGGGUGCUGCGGCUGCUGCGGACCCUGCGCCCGCUCAGGGUCAUCAGCCGGGCACAGGGGCUGAAGCUGGUGGUGGAGACGCUGAUGUCUUCACUGAAGCCCAUUGGCAACAUCGUGGUCAUCUGCUGUGCCUUCUUCAUCAUCUUCGGCAUCCUGGGCGUGCAGCUCUUCAAAGGGAAGUUCUUCGUGUGCCAGGGCGAGGACACCAGGAACAUCACCAACAAGUCUGACUGUGCCGAGGCCAGUUACCGGUGGGUCCGGCACAAGUACAACUUCGACAACCUCGGCCAGGCCCUGAUGUCCCUGUUCGUGCUGGCCUCCAAGGAUGGCUGGGUGGACAUCAUGUACGAUGGACUUGAUGCCGUGGGUGUGGACCAGCAGCCCAUCAUGAACCACAACCCCUGGAUGCUGCUCUACUUCAUCUCGUUCCUGCUCAUCGUGGCCUUCUUUGUCCUGAACAUGUUUGUGGGCGUGGUGGUGGAGAAUUUCCACAAGUGCCGGCAGCACCAGGAAGAAGAGGAGGCGCGGCGGCGGGAGGAGAAGCGCCUGCGGAGACUGGAGAAAAAGAGAAGGAGUAAGGAGAAGCAGAUGGCCGAUCUAAUGCUGGACGAUGUAAUUGCUUCCGGCAGCUCAGCCAGUGCUGCGUCAGAAGCCCAGUGCAAACCCUACUAUUCGGACUACUCCCGCUUCCGGCUCCUUGUCCACCACCUGUGCACCAGCCACUACCUGGAUCUCUUCAUCACGGGUGUCAUUGGGCUGAAUGUGGUCACCAUGGCCAUGGAGCACUACCAGCAGCCCCAGAUCCUGGACGAGGCUCUGAAGAUCUGCAACUACAUCUUCACCGUCAUCUUCGUCUUGGAGUCUGUCUUCAAACUCGUGGCCUUUGGUUUCCGCCGCUUCUUCCAGGACAGGUGGAACCAGCUGGACCUGGCCAUCGUGCUGCUGUCCAUCAUGGGCAUCACACUGGAGGAGAUAGAGGUCAACGCCUCGCUGCCCAUCAACCCCACCAUCAUCCGCAUCAUGAGGGUGCUGCGCAUCGCCCGAGUGCUCAAGCUGCUGAAGAUGGCUGUGGGCAUGCGGGCGCUGCUGGACACGGUGAUGCAGGCCCUUCCCCAGGUGGGGAACCUGGGACUUCUCUUCAUGUUGUUGUUUUUCAUCUUUGCAGCUCUGGGCGUGGAGCUCUUUGGAGACCUGGAGUGUGACGAGACACACCCCUGUGAGGGCCUGGGCCGGCAUGCCACUUUCCGGAACUUUGGCAUGGCCUUCCUGACCCUCUUCCGGGUCUCCACUGGGGACAACUGGAACGGGAUCAUGAAGGACACGCUCCGGGACUGUGACCAGGAGUCCACCUGCUACAACACGGUCAUCUCCCCCAUCUACUUCGUGUCCUUCGUGCUCACGGCGCAGUUCGUGCUGGUCAACGUGGUGAUCGCCGUGCUGAUGAAGCACUUGGAGGAGAGCAACAAGGAGGCUAAGGAGGAGGCCGAGCUGGAGGCCGAGCUGGAGCUGGAGCUGAAGACCCUCAGCCCGCAGCCCCGCUCGCCGCUGGGCAGCCCCUUCCUCUGGCCCGGGGCCGAGGGUCCCGACAGCCCCGACAGCUCUAAGCCCGGGGCCCCACAGCCCGCAGCCCACACCAGAGCAGCCUCCCGCUUCUCGCUGGAGCACCCCACGGACAGACAGCUGUUUGACACCAUUUCCCUGCUGAUCCAGGGCUCCCUGGACGGGGAGCUGAAGCUGAUGGAGGAGCUGGCGGGCCCGGGAGGCCAGCCCUCUGCCUUCCCUUCCGCCCCCAGCCCGGGCGGCUCCGAACCACAGAUCGCUCUAGCGGAGAUGGAGGCUAUGUCUCUGACGUCAGAGAUUCUGUCUGACCCGUCCUGCUCUCUAGCUCUGACGGAUGAUUCUUUGCCUGAUGAGCCUCACACACUCUUACUUAGUGCCCUGGAGCGCAACAUGGAGCCACACCCCGAGGAGGUGCCCGCCGCCCUGGGACCAGACUUGCUGACUGUGCGCAAGGCUGGGGUCAGCCGAACACACUCUCUGCCCAACGACAGCUACAUGUGCAGGGACGGGAGCACUGCCGAGGGGUCCCUGGGACCCAGGGGCUGGGGGCUCCCCAAGGCCCAGUCAGGCUCUGUCUUGUCUGUCCACUCCCAGCCAGCAGAUACCAGCUACAACCUGCAACUUCCCAAAGACGCACCCAACCUACUCCAGCCCCACAGCGCCCCGACCUGGGGCACCAUCCCCAAACUGCCCCCACCGGGCCGCUCCCCUUUGGCUCAGAGGCCACUCAGACGCCAGGCAGCAAUAAGGACGGAUUCCUUGGACGUUCAGGGCCUGGGCAGCCGGGAGGAUCUGCUGUCGGAGGCGCGCGGGCCCUCUCCGCCCCUGGCCCGGUCCUCCUCCUUCUGGGGCCGGCCGAGCAUCCGGGCCCGGCAGCACUUUCGCAGCCAGAGCAAGAUCUCGAAGCACAUGGCCCUGUCAGCCCUUUGCCCUGGCCCCGAGCCCAGCCGGAGCAAGGGCCCUCCAGAGACCAGAAGCAGCUUCGAGCUGGACACCGAGCUGAGCUGGGUUUCGGGGGACCUCCUGGCCCUGGGCAGCCAGGAGGCGCCGCCCUCCCCGCGUGACCUGAAGAAGUGCUACAGUGUGGAGGCUCAGAGCGGCCGGCGCCGGCCUGUGUCCUGGCUGGACGAGCAGAGGAGACACUCCAUUGCCGUCAGCUGCCUGGACGGCGGCUCCAGCCUCGCGGGCCAGCCGCUUGGGGGACCUGGGAGCCGGCCCAAGAAAAAACUCAGCCCGCCCAGUAUCUCCAUAGACCCUCCCGAGAGCCAGGGCGCGCGGCCCCCGGCCAGCCCCGGCAUCUGCCUCCGGAGGAGGGCUCCGUCCAGCGACGCCAAGGAUCCCUCGGCCUCCGGCCCCUCUGACAGCAUGGCUGCCUCGCCCUCCCCAAAGAAAGACGUGCUGAGUCUCUCCGGUUUAUCCUCUGACCCUGCAGACCUGGACCCCUGAGCCCCUUGCCCACUCUCGCCCCUCACCUCUUCCGCCGGGUGCCAAAUCUUAGCUCCUCCUGCUGAGCUGUGUUCCUCAAGAGACUCGGAGGAGGGGCUCCUUCCCCCACCUCCAUGGCUCUGGGUCCCUGCAGGCAGAACUCCCAGAGAGUUCCAAGCAGUAGCCCUGGCUGUGGAAGGGAGGCCCAGGGCCACCGAGGUUCCCGCCAGCAGGAGCUGUCGGGAGAAAGCAAUACGUUUGUGCAGAAUCUCGAUGUAUAUUCUAUUUUAUUAAAUUAAUUGAAUCUAGUCUAUGCGGGAUGUACCACAUUUUGUGACUGAAGUCACUUGUUUCCACUCCUGUGUGUCUCAGAAUAUUUCUGAGGCGAAGGCGUCUGUCUCUUUGCUGUUUUAACCCAAAAUAACCAGUCUAGUGAUAUUCUCUCUUGCAAAGCACAAGCGGGAACCGCGCGUGCAUUCCAGCCCCGACGGUGGCCCAUCCUCAGCGGAGAGGGAGACCCCUUUUGGAAACUGUCAUGUAACUUAUUUUCUCCUUUAACCUCGACAUCAUUUUCUGUAGGGGGAAAAAAAAGAGAAAAAGAAAAAAACAGAAAAAAAAUGAGAUUUUACAAAUGAAAUGGAACCUUUUUAUAUAUACAUACAUACAUAUCUAUAUAUCUCUAUAUCUAUAAUAAAGUAAUUUUCCAAAAUAAAAA